CGCGAUUGGUCAGGCAACAGCACCGGAUUGCGGUUGGAGACGGCCCUGGGAAGGCUAUAUCUUGUCGUGUCACCUCCGUUAAUUCUAUUGCCUCCCAGCUAUUCAUCUGAGCUGAAAAGAGGGACACAAUGCCUGAUAUUCGAUCAUUCUUCGCGCCAAAGGGUGGUGCCCACCCCAAGCCCGUGGCCGCCAAACCAGAGCCUCCGGCAGCCAAAAGCAAGCGAGGAAAGGGUCGCAAAGUUGUUGAAGAUAGCGAUGAUGAAGCUGUAGAAGAAAAGAAACCUGCACCAAAACCGGCGGCGAAGAAAAAGGAGACGGAGCCUAAAGGUGUAGCAAUAUCCGCCGACGACUACUUUGCUUCUUCGAAAGAUUCUAAAGCGGUCAAGGCAUCUCAGUCGCCCAAGAAGAAUAACAGCAAAGCCAUUAUCGAGACUGAAGUACCCGUCAGAUUAAGCCCACGGAAGAAAACCGUCGCAAAAUCGGCUGCUCCAGAGGAUGAGGAGGUAGCUCCUCGAUCGAAAAGGGCCAGAACCUCGUAUACGGCCCUUCCUGUCGACGAUGAUAACGACGUAUAUAUGGAUGACGGAGAUGAGGAUGGAGAUGACAUCUUUGCUGCUGACGCUAAGGGCCGUAAUAAGCGCAAAAACGACGAUUAUGAAGAGGAAGAAUCAGAAGAAGAAGUACUCCCACAAUCCAAACGACUUGCUACACGAGGGCGACCUGCUUCUGGCAAGAACACUGAAGAGAAGCCAGCACCCAAGGCUGCAUCAGCCAGCAAGAAGCGAAAGUCACCAGAGCAGGAAUCAGAUGACGAAGAAGAAGAGCUGCCGAGGAAGAAGCCUGCAGCUGCGAGCAAACCACGCGCACCAAGGGUCAAGAAAGCAGACGAACCCGAAGACGAGGAAAUCCAGAACAUUCUCGAUAGCGUAGCUACUGUUAGAGCGCCAACGCCGCCGCCCAAAGAUCCCAAUGCGAAAUUCGACUGGAGAAAAGCCGCCUCAGGGGGUGGCAAUGCUGCAGCUGCACCGUCCCUUCCAGCCGGCGAACUUCCAGAAGGCGAAGAAGAGUGCCUCAGCGGAUUGACUUUCGUCUUCACUGGCGUGUUGCAAACCAUUGGCCGCGAUGAAGCUCAGGCACUAGUCAAGCGAUAUGGUGGCAAAGUUACUGGCCAGCCCAGUAGCAAAACAAGCUUCGUCGUGCUUGGAGGAGAUGCUGGGCCCUCCAAGCUAGCCAAGAUCAAGGCAAACGGCAUCAAGACAAUUGAUGAGAAUGGCCUCUUUGACCUGAUUCGCAAGCUUCCAGCGUUUGGAGGGACCGGCAAGGGUGCUCAGAAGGCGCAAGAAAAGAAGAAGGCAGAAGAGGAAAAGGUGAAGAAGCAGGUUGCUGAGAUGGAGGCAGAAGAAAAGGCAAAGAAGCUGGAAGCCGAGAAAGCAGCGAAGAAAUUGGCUGCAUCCCGAGGGCCAACAAGCAGUGCACCCGCUGAGCCUGCAAGGGCACCAGAUGUGCUUCUUACGUCUAAAUACGCGCCGACGCAACUGAACCACAUAUGCGGCAACAAGGCACAGGUUGAAAAGAUCCAAAAUUGGCUUCGAAACUGGCCAAAGUCUAAGAAGUACAACUUUCAGCGGCGUGGCGCCGAUGGUAUGGGAGGGGAGCGCGCCAUCAUCAUCUCUGGCCCUCCUGGUAUUGGAAAGACUACAGCAGCACACCUGGCGGCCAAGCUCGAAGGCUACGAUGUAUUGGAGAGCAAUGCUAGUGACACACGUAGCAAGAAGCUGGUGGAAGCUGGUGUAAGCGACGUUAUGAACAACACGUCCCUGCUGGGAUUUUUUGCCGGAGACGGAAAAUCUGUGGAUGCCACCAAGAAGAAGAUUGUGCUCAUCAUGGACGAAGUUGAUGGCAUGUCGGCUGGUGAUCGCGGAGGAGUUGGCGCCCUGGCUAAGUUCUGCAGGAAAACGGAGGUGCCGUUGAUCCUGAUCUGCAACGAGCGAAAACUGCCAAAGAUGAAGCCUUUCGACCACGCUGCGUUUGAUAUAAGAUUCAACCGUCCGACGGUCGACCAAGUCCGCUCCCGAAUCAUGACAAUUUGCCAUCGAGAAGGCCUGAAACUGCCCCCUCCAGUUGUUGAUGCUCUCAUUGAGGGAAGUAACAAAGAUAUUCGCCAGAUUAUCAACAUGAUUUCCACAGCAAAGCUUGACCAGUCUUCCAUGAGCUUUGACCAAACCAAGGCCAUGUCAAAAGCAUGGGAAAAACAUGUUGUCUUGAAGCCUUGGGACAUCUGCCAGAAGAUGCUUGGCGGUGGACUGUUUGCACCAGCAAGCAAAGCGACGCUCAAUGACAAAAUUGAGCUUUAUUUCAAUGACCACGAGUUCAGUUUCCUCAUGAUCCAGGAGAAUUACCUUCGCACCAAGCCCAUGGCCAUGAGCGGCUCAGGAUACAGUGGCCGAGAAGCUACUUUGAAGGCGCUUGAGCUCUUUGAUCAAGCAGCAGAAAGCAUUAGCGACGGCGACCUGGUGGAUCGCAUGAUUCACGGACCACAGCAACACUGGAGUCUGAUGCCUACACACGCCGUUUUCAGUACUGUGCGCCCUGCCAGCUUCAUUGCUGGCCAGCUAAUGGGAUCUAACUUUACCUCUUGGCUUGGAAAUAACAGUAAAGCUGGAAAACUGGGCCGAUAUAUUCGAGAAAUUCACUCUCACAUGCGGCUCAAGUCAUCAGGAGACCACAACGAAGUUCGACAAGAGUAUUUGCCCCUCCUGUGGUCCCAAACAGUUGAUCGACUACAGAAGGAAGGGAAUGAAGCUGUGGGAGAAGUAAUCGACCUGAUGGACAGCUACUAUCUCACUCGCGAUGACUUUGAUGCAAUUCAAGAGCUAGGGCUUGGUCCCAUGAGUGACGAGAAUGUCAACAUCGAAACCAAGACAAAGGCUGCUUUCACUCGAAUAUACAAUGGCAUGAACCACCCGUUGCCAUUCAUCAAGGCCACCAAUGUUUUAGCACCGAAGGCGGUGACUAAAGAAGCACCAGACCUUGAAGAAGCUAUCGAGGAGGAGGAUGACGCCGAGCUGCUGGAGGCGCCAGAUGUUGACGAGGACGACGAAAUCGACCUCAAGAAGGAUAAAUAUAUCAAACAACCCAAGGCCAAGAAGCCAGCAAAAAAGGCGGCGAAAGUCGACACUGGAGAUGAUGACGACACUGCAGACUCCAAGCCAAAAGGUCGUUCCAAGGCCAAGGCAUCCGCAGCAAAAGGAAAAGCAAAGAAAUAACUGCUGCACAUCACCUUUCAAUGUAUGACUUAUUAUGACGAACAGGAUUGGAGCUACCUACCUUGGAGGCUACUGUAUAAUGUUGACUGGUGGUUGUCAAAUGUAAAAAGAGAGAAAACAAGAAUUGGACGCGGUACAGCUUGCUUUUAUGUCAUUGCAGCAUUGAAUUUAUGACUAUUAAUGUUAGAGAUGGAUGGCUGGUGGAUUUCUUCAUGGCGGAGUGGCAGUGCUAGAUAAAAUCAUGGCAAAUCAUUUCACAAACAG